AUCGAAUUGCCCAUCACUAAUGCGCGUAUUUCAAAAUAAUGCAAAAUUCAGCACGACAACGGAACUAAAUCCUGCGUGCAGUUUAAAGUUCACUACGUCCAGCAGUACAAAAGUCAAGUGGUGUCUUACGGGCAGAAGUUAGUAAUUUAUCAUGGGUCGGUUAGAUGGGAAGGUGAUUUUGCUGUCUGCUGGUGCUCAAGGAAUUGGAAGAGCUGCUGCUGUCGCUUUUGCAAAAGAAGGGGCUGAAGUUAUUGCUACAGAUGUCAAUGAAGACAAACUUAAAGAAUUACACCAGUACCCAGGUAUCAAGACCAGAGUUCUUGACGUGACCAAGAAGGAUCAAAUUGAAGUUCUGGCCAAAGAACUUGACAAAGUUGAUGUCUUAUUUAAUGUUGCAGGUUUUGUCCACCAUGGUACUGUCCUGGAUUGUGAAGAAGGGGACUGGGACUUUACAAUGAACCUGAAUGUUCGUAGUAUGUACCUGAUGAUAAGAGCUUUUCUGCCGCAGAUGUUGGCUCGAAAGUCUGGCAACAUUAUAAACAUGUCUUCAGUGGCUUCUAGUAUAAAAGGAGUUGUAAAUAGAUGUGUGUACAGCACAUCGAAGGCAGCUGUUAUUGGGCUCACCAAAUCUGUAGCAGCUGACUUCAUUGAGCAAGGCAUAAGAUGCAACUGUAUAUGCCCUGGAACAGUAGACACGCCUUCACUGAGAGAACGGAUCCAGGCCAGGCCCAACCCUGAACAGGCAUUAAAAGAUUUUCUAGCAAGGCAGAAAACUGGAAGAAUGUGCACUGCUGAGGAAGUAGCUCAUCUUUGUGUAUUCUUAGCCUCUGAUGAAUCUGCCUACGUGACAGGCACAGAACAAAUCAUUGAUGGUGGCUGGAGCCUUUGAACACAGCACAAGGAGUGCCAGUGAAGAUACCUGUUAAUCCCUGGCUACUCAAGAGCAAAUAACAAUGGCUUAAUUAAACUACUACCUUGUAAACUGUUGUUCAGUACAAAUUCAGUGUUUUUAAAUGGGGAGUUAACCAAAUUGGACUGAUCUUUUAAUAUUGAAUCAUAAGGGGUAUGAUUUCUUAUUAUAGAAACCAUGAAUAAACAGAAGGCCCAUUAA